GAGAGAGAGAGAGAGAGAGAGAGAGAGAGAGAGAGAGAGAGAGAGAGAGAGAGAGAGAGAGACCCAGCGGACAGAAGCAGCGGAAGGAGGGAAGCAGCAGGGAGGAGCAGCAACAGCAGCAGCGGCGGCAGAGUGAUCCACCUGUCACAGAGUGGAAGGGGCCCCCCGCCUGAUCCGUCUGCCUGCAGGGGGGACCCCGCGUGGCCGGUCAGCACCAGGGACUAUGCAGCUGGGACUGGUGGCUCUGGCGAUGGUCUUUCUCGGAUCCAUGGGUCACAGCGACAGCGGCCUCAAGCUCUCAAAGGGACGGAGGCAGAGACGGAUUAGCACUGAGGGGCCACCAUCUUGCUCAAAUGGCUGUGAGCGAUGUUCCGAAUACAAUGGCUGUAUAAAAUGUAAGCCCAAACUCUUCAUUCUCCUGGAGCGCAACGACAUCCGCCAGAUAGGCGUGUGCCUCGCCUCGUGCCCACAGGGAUACUUCGGCAUGCGGACUCCCGAUACCAACAGAUGCAUUCAAUGUAAAAUAGAGAAUUGUGAGGAGUGUUUCAAUCGAAAUUUUUGCACAAAAUGUAAGGAGGGCUUAUAUUCACACAGAGGGCGAUGCUACCCCAGCUGCCCUGAAGGCCUCAGCACCACCAACGGGACCAUGGAGUGUGUAGAAUGUGAACUGGGCGAAUGGAGCCCAUGGGGUCCCUGUAUGAAGAAGAACAAGACGUGUGGCUUUAAGAAAGGCACACAGACCAGAAUGCAAGAGCUUCUUCAUGCCUCCAGCACUGACACAGUCUCUGCGUCAUCCCCCCGGCCAUGUGCUCCACAGACUGAGAGACAGAAGUGCACAGUGCAGAAGACACCAUGUGGAAAAGGAGAUGGGAAUAAGAAUAAGGGCGAGCGACGAGACCAGCAGAGGAGGCGAGACAAAGAAAACGUCAGAGGCCAUGGCAAAGAGGGUGGCAAAGAGGGUGGCAAGAAGGGUGGCAAAGAGGGAGGAAAAGAAGGAAGCAGAGAGGGGGUCAAAGAGGGAGGAAAAGGAGGAAGAGAGGGUGGCAAGGGAGGCGGCAGGAGGAAAAAGGGCCAAAACCAGGCCACCUCCGCGCCCAGCCUUACCCCUAGCACUGUAGCCUAGGCCUUACUCACGUUGGGACUUAGUGGGGACAAGGAGGGACAAAAACAAGGCGACUAGGCAACACCCACCUGCAUUGGCCAUUAUUAAGAGACAGACAGUGGACAGAGGAGACAAUAUCAAACUGAUGAAGAAAAGGAUUAAUGCUGCUAUGCAUUCUAGAAGAUGCUCUAAGAGAACUGGAGGAUUGCUGCAAUAAAUGAGGAUCAGGACUUGAGACUUAUCAGACUUGGAGGGAAGAGGGUGAAUGUGCAAUGUGGAGGGUUCCACUGUAAGCCUUGCAGUAGGGUCAACAUGUUUCAUUUCACCGCUCCCAGGUUUAUCAUGGAGUUGGCAGAUGGAGAUCCCAGUGGCUGAACAGUGGAAGACACUGAAUAUGAAUAUGAGAGUUUCAAGAUGGAGUCUUCACAAUGAUCAAGGAUAUCUACAAUCCAUUAGAAUCCCUGAUGUGCUUUUCAAAAUCUAUUUUUCAUUGUUGACGACUCAUGUUUUGUGAAUGGUAGCAAGUAGAUAUUUCUAAGGAGAUGUUGUUGUAAGUGAUAUAGAGAAAAUGAACAGUAUUAAAAUUCUUUAUUUUAAUUAUAUUUUAUGAUUAAACAAAAGAAAGGCACUGGAACAAAUGUGUGGUUUUGAAGGAAAACACAUUUUAAUGACAUUUUUGGUUAGUAGAGAAUCUACUCCAAAACAAACCAGCAACAAUAUAGAGAAGGUUUAUACAGCUUUAGUUCAAAUCCUGAUCUGGUGUUAGACAAAGGUUACCCACAUAAUAGCUUAGUGCUUAAUUUCAAAUAGAAUAAUGUUUUGCUAUCAUCAGCAUAAAAAGUUUAGGAUUGAAAACUGUGUGUUGUGUAUGUGUGUUGUGAGUAUGUGUGCGUGUGUCUGUGUGUGCAUUCGUGCCUGUCUGUAAUGUUACAGAAUUUCAGCAAAAUGUUUUUGUGAAGUAGUGGUCACACAAGUGUAUGUAUAUUUGUGUGGGUAUAUUGUAUGUGUUUUUGCACAUAAGCUUAAUGUGUGUGUGUACGUAUCAAUCUGGUAGAAUGGGAAAUUUUAUAUAAACUCAGCAAAAAAAUGUCCCUUUUUCAGGACCCUGUCUUUCAAAGAUAAUUCGUAAAAAUACAAAUAACUUCACAGAUCUUCAUUGUAAAGGGUUUAAACACAGUUUCCCAUGCUUGUUCAAUGAACCAUACA